CGUGACUGAGCGCAAAAAAAUUCUCGCGCGCCCCUCAAGUCAUUUGCAACACACUGUAUUAUGAAGCCCGAGUCCCCUGUCGAAAGCGUUGAGCAAGGCAAAGCCUGCUCACGUCGAAUGGCCCACAGCGGGCAGAGAGGCAGCGACGCUUCUAAUUUGCCAGCGUCUACUCUCUGUAUCUCCAUCAUACCUGAACUGCAGUGGAAGAUUUUCCAGCUGGUCCAUGCUGCCCCUGAAAACUACUCGAGGAAAAAGACACUGCUGGCGCUUGCCUUGACAUGCAAGUCAUUCACGGGACCUGCACUGAAGCUUUUGUGGCGAAACCUGUCUGGGUUUGCGCCUCUUAUCAAAUGUCUCCCGCAAAGCCUAUGGAAACAGGUGGGACGAAAAUUGGAAUUUCAAAGAGUCAUGACCGUAGAUGACUGGUCUAUUUUUUGCAAAUACAACCAUCAUGUCCGUUCACUCGUGAUACGUGACCAUUCACCGGUUGGUGACGAAAUUUGGCGCACACUCAGCUGUCCUCCCUUCUCCCUUCCCUUGCUCCCCAACCUGAUGUCUCUUACCUGGAGUAGUGCUAGCAUAGAGACAUUUCUAAGUAUCCCGUUGUUUGUGAGCCCCACAAUAACGAGGCUCAACCUCAUUUCCUGCACCUUUGGUGCAGUUGAACACUCCAUCUUGUCAUGCAUAUCAAUGAUGUGCCCUUUAGUCUCGCAAUUCAGUUUUUGUCCGAACACAAAAUCAAAUGACACAUCCACUGCGUUACAAAACUGGUCUCAUCUAACAUCAGUGACCACUGGAACAGUUUCAGAGGCCGCCAUACUACACCUCUCCAAGCUGCCUUCACUCCGAUUUCUACAUUUCGGAUUACCGUCAACACCCAUCUCUGUGGAUACACAAAAGCUGCAGCAUCCUGUGUUUUGCGCGUUGGAAGAACUGAUCGUGAACAGCAGUAGUCUGGUGCUCUUAGAUGCUUUUCUCGAGAGGUUCUCCAUUGGUCCAAAAUCCAUAAACCUUACAAUCACUGGUGGCUUGGAUUCCACAAUUGGGGUCCUGCCGACUUUGAUCUCCCGCCUAUCUAACGCAUGCGCACACGAUUCGCUGAAAUUCGUGCGGUUCUGCAUCAACCAUCAGUUCAUAGAUCACAUCACUGCAAUCAGAAUUGCAGUUUUACGACCGCUCCUUGCCUUCCGCAAUCUUCGCAGGCUCGACUUCACAGCCUAUGACUAUAAUUUGCGAUGGGAUGAUGCUAUCCUUUUGCAGAUGGCUAAGGCCUGGCCCCUCCUACAAGUGUUAAAUCUCAACCAAGGGCAACAUUCAAGUCGUGGAGUCACUCCAAGUGCCUUCAUAUCGCUGUUGCAGCACUGCCCGUGUCUUGUUUCGGUCGCCGUAAUCGUGAACUGGUCAACCAUUGACGGACACGACAUAUCCCCUGAUGCUCCCUACGGAGGAUUUGCACACAAGGCGUUAUCUACGGCAUUAUUUGGCAGUCCAAGAAUUCACCACCCGGGAAGGAUUGCUGCUUUCAUCUCAGCCAUCGCGCCCAAUUUGGCAUCAAUCAUUACAUGGACGGAUGGAGAUAGGGAAGAAGAAGACAUAGACUCCAACAAAUACUCCACUAGGUGGAAAUGCGUCCGUGAUUUGAUCAAGACUUUCUCCGCAGUACGCGAGCAGGGGAGGAGGAUGGUGCUGAGUGGGGGUGCAGGAGCUGAUGGAAACCAAGGUCCACACAACCACUACGGAACCGCGCAGCUAGCACACGAGACCGAAAACGGAGAUGCUGUAAUUGGUGGAGGUGACAAAGGUGAUGACGGAGAUGUUUUUGAGGUUGGUGGGGGAAUCGAUGAUGAGUCAGACUAUAUGACCGACGAGUCCUCAUAGGAGGAUUAAUGAAUCAAGACACAGACGUACUAAAUUCCCUAAGACUCGCGGACCUUGUUGUAGGUUUCAGACUAUUGAAAUAGACUCGUGCAAAGGACUGUAACGCUGCGUGAGAGUUCGAUAGGGAAUUGGUCUUUCUAAGCAGUAAUAGGACUAGGCUUGUAUUUAGUA